CGUGGCUUUAUAAGUUGAGGCCAGUGAACUGGGAGGUGUCAGCAAACCAGACACAAACAAAGCUUUAGAAGACGGGAGAGGGAGAGACAGACAGACAGAGAGACAUUAUGGCCACCUUUCCAAGAGCAGCCAGCCCGUCCAGGCAGCCCCCAGGCCCAGAAGAUGAAGAUGCCAUCCUAGACGAGUACGACCUCUACAGCCUGGCUCAUUCUUACCCGGGAGUGGGAGGCCGGAAAGGUCGCAGCAAGAGAGAAGCUGCCAUCAACACCAACCGCCACAGCCCUGGUGGGCACGAGAGGAAGCUGGUGACCAAGCUUCAGAACACGGAGCGGAAAAAGCGAGGGGCACGGCCCUGAGACAGGACUGGAGAUGAGGCCAGAGGACGGACACCCACAGCAAUGGAAAUAGGACCAAGGAGGAACCAGGCCUUGGGGGCGGGAUCCAGGCCUGCUUGCCCCACCCCAACCCCAGGACUUAACCCCACCUGACUGAGACUCCGGGGGCGCCACGGAGGAAGCACCCCCGGCCCCAGAGAAAGGACAAGAUGGGGAGCAAGAGGCAGAGCAUAGACAGAGGCAGAGUCAAGAAGGUACCUCCCCCCAAAAAGAAAGAAGGAGCCGGAGCUCCCCAGGGUGACGGUGAAAAAUAAACAAAGUGUAGCAGCUGC